UUCCUGGGCACAGCAGUUACUCUCUCAGUUGCCCUGAACUGACCUGCAGUGGUGGGUUUAGGCCGAGUUUCAACUCAUAAAGAUAAAUAGCAAAGUCUGUUGAUCCCCACCUUCCGCCAAUAAAAGAGGCAGGAAAUGUUCCUGGCUCUGGGACCGACUUGGUGGUAAACUGUGAAGAGAGAGGGCAGCAGUGUUGGGGGAAGGGGGCUGUGCUUUUGCUAGACUGGAGUGAAGGGUGGGAGUGGGGAGCGGUGGGAGCAAGGUUCUAGACAAGCCUCAAUGGCCAGUCUAUAGAUGGUUAUAUCUACAUAUCUGAUGGUUUUAACUGUAUAUCUGAGUUCCCCUGUCAUCAUGUUGUGAUUUUUCUAAACUGUUAACUCUGUGCUUGCUAAGUUGCUUCAGUCAUGUCUGACUCUUUGCGACCCUAUGGACUGUAACCUGCCAGGCUCCUCCAUCCAUGGGAUUCUCCAGGCAAGAAUACUGGAGUAGAUUGCCAUGCCCUUCUGCCAGGGGAUCUUCCUGACCAAGGGACUGAACCUGCGUCUCUUAUGUCUCCUGCGUUGGCAGGCUGGUUCUUUACCACUUGCGAGUUAACUGAGAUUUUUCUUAAUUUUGUAGAAACUUUUCAGUAUUACAGUGGUCUUUGCACAGAGGAGUUCAUAGAAAAGAAAUGCUGUAAAAUGUAAAUAAACUUUCUAAUGACCAGUUGGCAAUUUGAAAAUUAAGCACUCUGUUUCCCAAACUCAUUCAAACAAGUUAUUUAAGAGGCGUUCAUUGCCCAUUUCAUCUAAGUCUUUCAUUCCUUUUCAUUGAGAGCUGUUCUUCAUAAUUGUUAAAUUCCUCCAUGAUGAAAGACUACAUAUGAAUGUGAUCAUUAACAUUUGUUGAAAUUUGUCCUUAAGAGUUGAAUGGACUAAGUCAACAUGGAUUCUUUAGCUUCAUUUGUUUAUGGAUUAUAUGUAGUCUUAGGUCCUCCUCCAUUUUGGUAACCCCAAACUAACAGAAUAGAAAUAUUAGUUAGUCCAGUCUUUUCACAUCAUAACAAAAAUGUUAAUCUUGAGCUUUGUAGAAGCUUUGUUUUCUAAGAUUAAAUAUUUGAUGUCUGCAUAUGGCAUCCUGGAAGCCCUGCAGAGCUAUUAUAACUGCACUGUGUUCACUGGUAGAAUGCAUGACAGUUUGUGGAGCAGUCCCAUGUGCACUGUCUUUUCGAAUAUGUGUGUGAGAUAGUCCUAAUAAUCUCAAAUUAGGAAGCUGUGUUCCCUAGAAUCUUUCAGACACCUGACAAAUGCAUAUGCAACUUGCCUACUUUGAGAUGUUUCCAGUCUCCUUUUCCCAAGGUUCCUUUGGAAGCAGAUUAAUUUUCACUUGGUGUUGCGGUACAGCAAAGCACAUUUCCCUGAGUGGACUCUAUCGAUAAAUAUAGACUCACUUGAUCUAAUGAGGAAACUUGGCGGUGAGCAAUAUGGUUGUAAAACAUUAACUAACUAGUAGGGUAGAGAUGGUUUCAGAGUCCAACUUUUUCCUUUCCCCCUUCCACGUAGAGUAAAAUUACUUCCUCACCUCCAGCCUACAGUUAAUUCUGUUUCUUGUGGAGCAAUUCUGUUUCCGUUUCACAUGAGGUUUCUCCUCUCUCUCUUGUCUCUGUGUGGUUACUUGAGUGGAACUGGCUGUGGACACUGCAGCUUCUAUCCUGUUUUGUUCCAUAAGGCAGGAAUGACAUGGAAUGGAGACAGGUUCUUUUCAGCUCAUUAACUGUCAGUCACGCUGCCUCCUGGCUGUUGGAGUCUACACAGCUGUGUCCAGAGGUACAGGCGAGCCAUGCCUCCCGGGCUGAGCAGAACUUUUCCACUGGGUCACCCAAGUGAAAAGAAAAGUAAAUCGAGGCGAAGGAAGCAUGUGACUGGCUCCGCGCUGCUGGCUUCCCGCAGUACGCUCAGCUAUACGAGGAUUCGCAAUUUCCCAUCAACAUUGUGGCUGUCAAGAACGAUCAUGAUUUUCUUGAAAAGGACCUUGUAGAACCUCUUUACAGACGACUAAAUACAUUGAACAAGUGUGCCUCAAUGAAACUUGAUGUGAACUUCCAAAGGAAAAAGGGUGACGACUCCGAUGAGGAAGAUCUCUGCAUCAGCAACAAAUGGACUUUCCAAAGAACCAGCCGCCGGUGGUCUCGCGUGGACGACCUCCACACACUGUUUCCUGGAGGAGACAGAAAUGGGUUGUCGGGAGACAUUAGGAUGAGAAACACGACCAGCAGUGAAAGCGUCCUCACGGAUCUGAGCGAGCCUGAGGUCUGCUCCAUUCACAGCGAAAGCAGCGGCGGGAGCGACGGCCGCAGCCAGCUGGGCGGGCACGGCGCCAGCCAGGAGGCCUUCGAGGGCCCCGGGCAGUACUGCGCCGACGGCCCGGUCAUGCUGGACGCCGCGCUGGUGGGCAACAGCCUCCUGCCGUCCCCCAAAGACGGGCUCCAGCACCCUUUGCAUCCAAAGAAUGAGAAGCCCAGCCGGGCCAGGGCCAAGUCGUUCCUGAAACGCAUGGAAACGCUGCGAGGGAAAGGCACACAGGGGAGGCACAAGGGGCGGACCGGGGGCCUGGUGAUCAGCGGUCCAGUGCUGCAGCAGGAGCCCGAGUCCUUCAAGGCCAUGCAGUGCGUCCAGAUCCCAAACGGACACCUCCAGAACUCGCCCUCCGCCACCGGCAGUGCCGGGCUUCCUGGCCCCGCCAAGUGGGGUGCUGAGAGCAGCCCCUCGGAGAACAGCAGCAGUGGGGGGAGCACGCCUGGCCUGAAGGAGCGGAGGGGCCAGGAGGCCCACAAGCGCGGGGGCAUGUACCUCGAAGACCUGGACGUGCUUUCGGGGACAGCGCUGCGGGACUCGGGGGACAGAAACCACCACGCGCACGAGUUUCACUCCCAAGAGAACUUGGUGGUACACAUCCCCAAGGACCACAAGCCAGGAACCUUCCCCAAGGCGCUCUCUAUCGAAAGCCUCUCGCCAACAGACAACAGCCACGGGGCGAACUGGAGGACCGGGAGCAUCUCCCUGGGCAGACAGCCCAGCCCGGGGGCCAGAGAGCCCAGGCUCAUGGGGUCCUGCCACAGGGCGAGUCGGGUCAGCAUCUAUGACAACGUCCCCGGCUCCCACCUGUACGCCAGCACCGGGGACCUUCUGGACUUGGAGAAGGAUGACCUCUUCCCUCACCUGGAUGACAUCCUCCAUCACGUCAGUGGGCUCCAGGAGGUAGUGGAUGACUGGUCCAGAAACAUGUUACCCGAACCACAGACACACAGCGCCGGAGAGGCUGGCUUCUCCCCCUUCCCUUCUCCCAAUCAGAUCACCUUGGAUUUCGAAGGCAACUCUGUCUCCGAAGGUCGGACCACACCCAGUGACGUGGAAAGAGACAGAGCGUCUCUUACUGAGUCAGAGGCCGCUGGGGUCAGAGAAAGGAGGGACUCGGGAGUAGGGGCCUCUCUGACCAGGCCAAACAGGCGACUCCGGUGGAACAGCUUCCAGCUCUCACACCAGCCGCAGCCAUCUACGGCGUCACCCCACAUCAGUGGACAGACAGCCGGCCAGCUGAACCUGCUCCAGCGCUUCUCGCUGCUCCGCCUCACGGCCAUCAUGGAGAAGCACUCCAUGUCCAACAAGCACGGCUGGACGUGCCUCUCCCCGCAGUGUGCUCCACGAGGCGUGCAUGACCUGGUUUCUGUGAAUUCUAGGGCAGUUCCAAAGUUCAUGAAGAGGAUGAAAGUUCCUGAUUAUCGAGACAAGGUGGUCUUUGGCGUUCCCCUCAUCGUUCACGUCCAGAGAACUGGGCAGCCCCUGCCACAGAGCAUCCAGCAAGCGCUGAGGUAUCUACGCAGCAACUGCCUCGAUCAGGUGGGUCUUUUUCGAAAAUCAGGUGUGAAAUCUCGAAUCCAUGCCUUACGUCAAAUGAAUGAGAACUUCCCUGAGAAUGUCAGCUAUGAGGACCAGUCCGCUUACGAUGUGGCAGACAUGGUGAAGCAGUUCUUCCGGGACCUUCCCGAGCCUCUUUUCACCAACAAGCUCAGUGAGACCUUCCUCCACAUCUACCAGUAUGUCCCCAAGGAGCAGAGGCUGCAGGCAGUGCAGGCAGCCAUCCUGCUGCUGGCCGAUGAGAGCCGGGAGGUGUUGCAGACGCUGCUGUGCUUCCUCAACGAUGUGGUCCAUGCGGUGGAAGAGAAUCAGAUGACGGCCAUGAACUUGGCCGUGUGUCUGGCCCCCUCCCUCUUCCACCUGAAUUUACUGAAGAAAGAAAGCUCCCCCAGAGUCAUCCAGAAAAAAUAUGCCGCCGGGAAGCCAGAUCAAAAGGACCUCAGUGAGAAUCUGGCCGCGGCUCAGGGCCUGGCCCACAUGAUCAUGGAAUGUGACAGACUUUUUGAGGUCCCGCUCGAGAUGGUGGCCCAGUCUCAUAAUUCGUAUGUGGAGGCUGAGAUCCACCCGCCAACUCUGGAAGAGCUGGGGGCCCAGCUGGAGGACAGCGGGGCCACUUUCCACACGUACCUGGAACACCUCGUGCAGGGCCUCCAGAAGGAAGCCAAGGAGAAGUUCAGAGGAUGGGUCACAUGUCCCAGCACAGACAACACAGAGCUGGCUUUCAGAAAGGUGGGAGACGGGCCCCCGCUCAGGCUGUGGAAGGCUUCCGCGGAGGUGGAGGCGCCCCCCUCGGUGGUUCUGAACCGCGUGCUGAGGGAGCGCCACCUGUGGGACGAGGACUUCGUGCAGUGGAAGGUGGUGGAAACGCUGGACAAACAGACGGAAGUCUAUCAGUACGUGCUGAACAGCAUGGCGCCCCACCCCUCCAGGGACUUCUUGGUUCUCAGAACCUGGAAGACUGAUUUGCCCAAAGGAAUGUGUACCCUAGUGUCCCUCUCUGUGGAACAUGAGGAAGCCCAGCUCAUGGGCGGCGUGCGGGCUGUGGUGAUGGACUCUCAGUACUUGAUAGAGCCGUGUGGUUCGGGCAAGUCGCGGCUGACCCACAUCUGCAGGGUGGACCUGAGAGGUCACUCCCCAGAAUGGUACAAUAAAGGCUUUGGACACCUGUGUGCGGCGGAAGUUGCCAGGAUUAGAAACUCUUUUCAGCCCCUCAUUGCUGAGGGUCCAGAAACUAAAAUCUGAGUUUUCCCAAGUGUGACAUCAAACUCAGGGAAGAAGAAGCAGAAGCAAACACUUGUGGGAGAGAAUGUGAGCGUGAGAAAGCAAGAGAGAGACAGAGAAACUGAUUGACAAAGUUAAUGCUCAAAAGCAGAAGCACUGAAAAGUCGGAAUGUCGAAGAUGCAAGAAUUUCUGAGAACUUUUCCAAGCCUUCCUGGAGAUGGCUACAUCCCUACUAAUAUAAUAUUUUUAAAAAUCAGAACAUUUAUCUAUGUUACUUAAGAUUAAAUGGAUUAUUCCUUGUGCAUUUGCUAAUUUUGCUAUUUAAAGGCUUCUAAGAAGCAUUAUCAUUAACUGUAAAUAAAUGUAUGUAUAGCAUAUGUACAUAUGUGUGUAUAUCUCUAUCUUUACUGUAUAUAUGUAAAAUAUCAACUUUAUAUAUAAUUGCGUAUUUUGAAAAGGAAUGCAUCUGAUCAGGUGAGUCCCUUCCCCACAUGGUUUUUUCCAAGUCUCUCUGGGCCCUGUGUCCCCACUGCCCUGUAAGCUGAGCAGAAUCUGCUGCUAACACCAAAGUGUGAAAACAAGUUGUCCGCCCUGAUGUUUUACCAAAGAUUAGCCAACCAAAGGAAAACACAUUAAAUGGUUCUCACAUGUUGUCAGUUUGUAUCAUUCAAAACCUGAAAGUGGGGUGUUGGAUAAAGCAAGGAAAAUAAUAGUCCUCUUUAAAGCAGAGAAGUGGGUGAGUAGUCGUUACCAGAUUUAAGACUAUCUUACCAGUUGCCAUGGGGCCGGCAGAUACAGUUUCAGUGAAAUGCCAGACGCCCAUGGACCACUGGAGUCAGCUCCAGUGACUGAAACAGAACCUGUAUUUCCCUGCUGAUUAGAGCUGAAUAUAAUAGCCUUGGCAUAUUCACAGCCAAAGGGAGCCUCUGUGUUUUGUUGAGGUUACAUAGAUACAUUGCAUAAUGUUCUUAAAUGUCAUUCUAUUUGACCAGUGGCCUAUUUAAUGGUCACAGUUAAUUGACAUUUUCUUACCAACGUCUUGCACUGAAUUUAACUCUGGACACCAGAUAAAGGGAGAUGCUGGUCACUGAAGAGUCCUGGACCAUUACAGCUUCAGGGAGUUCUAACAUUGCUACGUAUGAUGCUCUUAAGAUAUUACUCGUUAAAGUUCUGCAAUAUGAAAGACAGGGUUUUAAACUAACAUUAAGACCAAAACUGUGUUCUUCAAUUAGCUUUAGAAAAUAUAAACAGGUUUGUUAAGUCCAUGUUUCUUCAUUAGUCAGUCAAGCUAGCUAUGCAUUUGACUGAACCUUAUUUAUUAUUGUAUGGACUAAGCAAAUUGACUAUCCUUAACCAAUUGCUGAUGGAUUUUAAGUUGGGUUUUUUAAAUUGUAAUUCAGCAACUCUAGAGAGGAAGAUAAUUUAUUGUGUUUGAUUUCAGGGAGAGAUUGGUAUCAUAAUUUAGCAAUUGGUGUUGGAGGGGAAAAAAACAGUGUUUUCUUUUUAUAUUGUAUGUUUAUGUAAUGUUUUCUUUUAUCAGCAAUGUGCAAUUCUUUUAUUGAGAGAAUAAAAAUGCUAUAAAUGAGUUCUGGAUGGUACAAGUAAAAUCAUACUGUCUGAAUUGUAAUCGAGGAAUUUUUCUUGUUUCCUUGCCUACCGAAGAAGGUGGCGGCAAACCCACAGUUUUCCAUUUGCGCACUGCUCUGUGAGCAAAACAAAUCCACAUCCUAAAUUUAACCACACAUGCCAGAUUACAGACAGGAUUGUUAGUGAAUUUUAAUUUAGCUUAAUGCUGGUCCCACUCCAGAGAUGGGCUCGCGUGUUUUCAGGAGGUGUGACGGGCACAAAGGAUGAACAGUGUCAGGUCACCGAGAGCACGGCUUUUCCAGCCUUAGCAGCACACGGAUCACCUGGAGAUCUUGUUCCAAUGAGCCUCUGAUUCGGGCAGUCUCAGGCAGGCCUGAGAUUCUGGAUUCUGAACCAGCUUCAGGGCAAAGACCACAGCCCGAGAAGCCGAGAUCUAGAGGACACUUAGAAUAAAAACAACGUGAUUUGAUUUCUGACUCCCUUUUUCUUCAAAUUACCUUUUUAUUUUUUAUGCACAUACUAAGUACACCCCUGCUGCCUACAACACAGUGCAUCUUUAAAAAAAAACAAAAAAAAGAGGAGAAAGAUGCAUCAAGCUUGUUGUCAAAUACCGCAGUAUUUUAUGCAUUGUUAUCUUGCCAAUGGAAAUAAAAUAUACUGCCUCUAAAUAAUA